AAUCCUUAUUUUCACGCGGGCAGCUCGUUAAAAGCGUCUCGCGCACGAACACCGCGCGUUCUCGGAAAUCCUGAGACGAUGCCGACCGAGGAUGCAUCACGUUGCCACUUGGUAUUCAACCGGCACGUUUCCGAUAUGAAAAUAUAUAAAUCUGGCCCACCUUUCCCGACGAGAGCUCUUUAAGGAUCGCCCUCCGGAGAGCUGUCGUCUCACGAUUGAACGGACGGGUGCUAUUCAUCAAAUCGGCAUUCCGGACGACGCGUUGAGUAGACGAGCCGCUUCGCACGAUGACUCCAACCGUGAAGACUCUACCUCGGCUCUUACCGCUCGGAGUCUUGCUAUUAAUUGUAGUAGUAUAUCGCACGUCGAACAAUUCUGGAUACGCUGAUAACGCAGACGAAAACGCUGCGGGACUGCAGGUGAUCCGGCGUCGACGAACAAUUGGGCCCGCUUCUAUAUAUUACUGCAAGUUCAAUCAGUACUACGAUCAGGAGGAGGGACGUUGCCUGGGCGUGCCAGGAGGCGGCAAGGUGGUUCACGUUGAAAACAGACGGUCGUGCGGCGUGAACGUCCUGAGGCCGCAUUGCAAAAGCCCCCUGUACUAUCACAUCUGCAAGCGCGACAAAUCGAUCCUGGCGCAGUGUGCGAACAGGCAGAUCUUCGACAAUCGUCUGCAACGAUGCGCCUAUUACGACCCGAGCAAAUUAACUCCCAGCGUUAUUCCACCGGACAGCUACAUGUAUUACGAUCACGUCAGAGUGCCAGGUUGCACAAUGUCCGGCCGGUUCCCCGUGCUCGGCCACUGUUCUAUGUUUUACACGUGCGACACAAACGGACAUCGUUUCUACCAGAGUGUCUUCAAGUGUCCACAGAACACUGGGUACCUGGUGGACAGAGGGGUCUGCAACGUUGCGCUAAACUGCCCGAACGACAACUCGGUGGAUGCGGUCUGCGUUCCGAACGCGCCGGGCGAGAGUGUGGAAUCUCUCAGUCUUGACGAAGCUGCAGGGAGAAGUGUGGACGAAACCCCUGAAAUAUUCGAAGAAGGAAAAGCCGGCGCGGACGACCCUGUUGUAGAACGCGAGAAAGAUUCCAAGAUCCUAGAUGUUGUCGUGACUACUCCUGGAAGUAUAAUAGAUACACAGUUAGAGAAUAAUUAUAACGAUAAUGACAGAAAUACGGAUGUGUCGAGUAAUAACGAAAACUUGUCAGAGUCGGUCAAACAAGUUUCAGUUCCCGACGGCGUUGAUGAAGAAAUAGUGCACAGCCAAGUUCCGAAUCUGCCUGAGAUCGUGCAAGGAGCUUCUGACGAGAGACGAAACGAGGAGACCGGACCGUCGCCACCGACUACGGAACUCGAUGAUGUGCCGCAUUCUAUCACGACUUCUACGACCUCAACCGAACCGGAGUAUCGUACAAAUGCUGACGUUGGCAGUGAGACAAUUGACACUGCACCAUUUCCUGAAAGUCAGGAUGUAACUACAGAAUCGCAUGCAAAUAUCGGGGACAGCGCAAUACCGUUAUCGAAUUUCAACGCCGAGCCGACUAAUCCGGUAUCAACAAUGAGUAAUGCACCAGAAUCUUCUUCAAUACGUGAUGUAUUACCAAAUAUGGAUGAGAUAAUACAAGGUGAGACAACAGAACAAUAUAAGAACAAUGAAGACGGAACUUCGACGUUAUCAAAUUUCAAUACAGACUCGGUUAAUUUAUAUUCAGCACCAACAGUGAGUGAUGCAUCAGAAUCUUCUCCGAUAAGUGAUCUAUCACCAAAUAUAGAUGACAAGAUGCAAAAUGCAGCUACGGAACAGUAUGGAAAUAACGAAGACAGUACCGUGAUUCCACAGAAUAGCAAUACAGAUUCUGUUGAGCCAUAUUCGGCUCCAACAUUAAGUGAUGCACCAGAAUCCUCUCCAAUAAGCGAUGUAUCAUCGAAUAUAAAUGAAAAAUUGCAAGAUGAGCCCACGGGACAAUAUGGAAACAACGAAGAUAGUGUUGCGAGUCCAAUAAAUUUCAAUACAGAUUCUGUUGAUCCAUAUUCGGCCCCAGCAUUAAGUGAUGUACCAGAAUCCUCUCCAACAAGCGAUGUAUCAUCGAAUAUAAAUGAAAAAUUGCAAGAUGAGCCCACGGGACAAUAUGGAAACAACGAAGAUAGUGUUGCGAGUCCAACAAAUUUCAAUACAGAUUCUGUUGAUUCGGCCCCAACGUUAAGUGACGUACCAGAAUCCUCUCCAAUGAGUGAUGCAUUGCCGAAUAUAGGUGAAAAAAUACAAGAUGCCGCUACGGAACAGUAUAGAAACAACGAGGACAACGUAUCGAAUUUUAAUUCAGAUUCAGUUAAUCCGACAUUGAGUAACAUACCAGAAUCUUCUCCAAUUGAUGACGCAUCAUCGAAGUUAGACGAGGAAAUUUAGAAUAUACCUACAGAAAUGUAUGGAAAAGAUGACGGAACAAUAACAUUAUCAAAUUAAAGCACCGAAGUGAUUGAUCCGAAUCUAACGUCAGCAUUAGAAGAUAUACCAGCAACCGCGGACAGCCCAAGGAAUGAUGAUUUUGAUGUGUUUUCCUCCACGUCGACACCGGCGAUUUCGCCGCCACAAGCAGCUGUCGAUCACUACAGAAGGAUCACUCGAGGCUAUUCCUUCAAUAAACAGUAAACCUGCUGACGCCAGCUUAUCUAAACCGGAUGAGGUUGGAAGUGUUUCUACGCAGUCGUCACCUGAAAAUACUGACUAGUUCUAUUUAACGCAGACGACGAGAUCCACUUUGAGCUCGACAGAAAUAACCGCAUCGAUGAAUAUCGCAACUACAAUCCCUUCUGUACACGAUCCAUCUAUUUCAGACACCGAUCUGGUAACGUAAAAUGGUAAAGAUAACAUGGAAGCAUCUGCUCCCUUCAUUGAAUAAGAUCCCGUAUAAAUAUACGUGUACCUUAAAUAGAUUCAUAAUACACUUCCGUUGGAGAUAUGGAUACAUCGUUGAAAGGUACAUGUACAUAUAUACAUAAAAUAUGAAUACUGUAAGUAGUUAAAGUAAUAAUUUAUUAUAUAAUUCAUAAUUUAAUUCCCGUUUCUGAGGUAGGCAUGAAUAAUAUAUACAGUAUAUAAAUUCAUUUUCCUAUACAAGGUAUAAAGAAGAGAAGUAUUUUACAAAACGGGAAAUAAUAGUAACAAAUAUAUACCCUCUUACCGAUUUACAGUA